GAGCCAGGAGGGGUGGAGGGAGCCCUGGAGGUCUUGCUUGCGUGUCAACUAUCACAACAAUAUUCACCUCUGGUACCUACAGCGGCUCCUCAUGUAGCCAUCAUAUCUCCCUUACACAGGCAACCACAACUAUGAGCUGGUUUGAUACUGCCGGCCUCACUUCCUUAGCCAGAUCAGCACUAAAGGAAGCUCAGCGUACAAUUGACAAGGCACUUGACAUUGAGGAAAGUAAUGACAGCACACUUCCUCCUAAAACGACUCCAUAUUUUACACCUGUACCAACUCCAAAAGGACUACCAGAAAAACUGAAAGAUGAAUCCGAGAAUUUUUUUGCAUCAUUUGGAUUAGACAAGAAAAAAUCACCUGUUACACCUGCAAAUUCGCCCAUAGAGACAUCUCCAGGAUUAACUUCAAAACCAAAAGAUGAAGGGAAGUCAAGUGGUUCAGCCAUCAUGGCUGGAAGUUUAUGGGGAUCAUUUACUGGCUCUUUCUUUGAGAACCCUCCUGGUACUAGGAAAAAAGAUGUUUGUGAAACAACAAGCGAGUCAGAGAAGAGUAUUGUGGCUACGCAACCUCCUCGUAGCAGCACCAGCUUACCAACCUUACAGUUGACAACCAGUCCUGUGUCGACUCAGCCCCGUACAUCCAGUUUGGAAGACCAUGAUAGCAGUACAGGGUGUCAGUUAGAUGACAAAAGUAACAAGGAGCAUCAGCUUGCAGACAUGAGCAGUAGCACUGAUGGAGUAGCAAAUGAAUGGGGUUGGGGCUGGGAGAGCAGCAUUAUGGUCAUGCCGGGUGACCAACAAAACCUGGAAGGAGAGUUUGGUACAAUACAUGGUGAACUAGAGGCCCGUGAAGACAGUUUAGCAGAUGAUGCUAUUGACGUAGAAGGCUUUGCAAAAAGUCGGCUCGUAGUAGGGAGUGUUGACAGCGACACCGGAGGGUUUGUACGCCAAGAGAGCAGAGGCUCACUUUCUGGGCGAUCAGUUGACCUGGAUGUUCCAUCCGCAAUAUCUGAAGAUGUGUUUUUGGGGGAGCAAGAUGAUCAGGAUAAUAAUGUAGUUAAUAAAAGAAUAGAACAGCAAAAUGACAUGGAUGCAAGUAAAGGCGAAGGCAGUGAAAGAAGAACUAUGGUGUCUUGUGCCAACUCUGAAAGUAACACACCAGAUAGUAUAGUAGUGCUGACAUCAGAUGGUAGUUCACCUGAUGUAGAUGUAGUGCGCAGUUUUUCAGAAGUAACAAGACCAAAACUAACUGUAAAUUUUGUAUAUGGAAAAAUAACCAGUCCCAUUAGCUCUCCAGAAUCGAUUGAAGUUCUUGGUUCGUCCAGUCUUGUCACCUCACCAUCCUCCAUAGAGGUGUUAAGUGGCCCCUCUUCAAGUGAUUCAUCACCAACACAUCAAGAUUCGUGUAAUGACACACUCAUACAAGACCUAAGCCCUUCACAAAUUAUUGUCAGUAUACAGCCCACCUUGCAGCUACCCGUUAACACUGACACCGAGACAGAUUUUCAGCAGUCUCUAGGUCCAUGUAUUCCAAUACAAGAAAAUAUAAUAAGUGAUCUUUGUGCAGAGAAACAUGUUUCAGAAACAAAAGCUUUAGAACAAGCUGUAGUAAAGCAGCCAACUCAUUGGGACACAAGCUUAGCCUCCACCCAUAAAGCAACAACUGAAGUUUCCUUUGGUGUAAAGGAGUGUGAUGCUAGUUCACAGGCCAGCAGUAGUGUAACUGAGGAUAUAUCAGUGAGUGAGAGUGUUCACAGCACCUCAACCUCUAGCACUCACACCGUAUUGGAUGCUACUAUAAUCAGUCAUGACCAGACGCCUGCAGGCCCAGCAGACACAGCAUUGCCCGAGCUUACCGGGCAGUCUUUAACGUCAGAGAGCAUUGUGACUCCUGUUGACAAUAUCCAUUCAGAAGAAAUUGAUGCCUCAUCAGAUGACAGAAGAACAGCUGCUCAGACUGGUGUAACCUGUGUAGAUGGGAGUGCUGUAGAGGAAGCAGAUGGUGUUGCACCAGCAAUAUCAUUGGAUAUAUCUGUGGAAAGUGGAGGCAGCUCAGACACUAUCACUGCUUCAGUGGAUUCUUCUCAGAUGGUUUGGAGUGCUACACGUAUGGGUGAGCAGGAGAGCCAAGGAAGUAAUGAAAAUGCAGAUGACACUAUGACUGGCUCAGGCGGAGCAGUUGUCCGCUGUCUUCUGGAAGAGGCAAUGGGAGAUGAGGAAGCUACCAGUGGAGCAUCGUCUCCCCCAGAGAGAGAACAUUCCCCAUCAUCUUCAGAACGAUCUGAAGCUCUUAAAGUUGGAUCUGGCCACACUUCUGGUCACAGCUCAGGAGAUGAAGUUGAAACAACUACCUCAUCAGAUAUAGAAGUUAUCUCAAGCCCAAGCCUUGACGGUAGUACCAUUGCACGUGGAUCUGCCACAGCUUCUCGUGUGUGGGUAACUGCUCAGCGUGGCUUGCGUUCUCUACUCAAUGAUCGAUCAGAAUCACCAGCUUCAGAUUCUUCAGGCAACAAUAAGAAGACAAGUAAUGACAAAGUGGAAACUGUACCUUCAUCUAUGACCACAAGCUUCACCAGUAUCAGCGAAUCGGAAGGAGACAUAUAUAAUCCGCUGGGGCACGGCAGCCUGACCCUUGAUCCUGUCCGCAUCUCCCAGGUCCUCUUCCAGGACCAGCCUCACUUUGAAAAAGAUGGUUUAGAUGACCAGCCGAGAUCGUUAUUGGGGUGUGGUCGCUGUGAUGUCUAUGCGGCUACUAGGAGCCACAAGUGUCAUCGCCGUAACCAGUCCAAUUUCUCAGAGACCAGCGAGAGCUCAUCUGAAAAUCACUCAUCAGAAGUCGACAAGCUCCUUAAGAAAGUAUCUCAAAUAUCCGAAGUUCUGGAAGCACGAGAAACAAAAGUGAUGGAGCUGAGUCAAGUCAACGCAGCCCUGCAGGACACAAACUUACGGCUCAAGGCUCACAUCGAGGAGCUGGAGGGAGGUAGUGGCAUGGAAGCAACAGAGUCUUUAAGGGAAGAAUUUACCCAACGUCUCGUAACAAUGGAGAGAAAGUUCCAGCAAGCAUUGCGAGAGAAGGAAGCAAUUAAAAAGCAACUGGAGGAGGUGCGGGCUGAAGCAGCAACUAGGCUUAGCUCAGCCGAGGUAGCAAGAGAUCGAGAGGAGAGAGACACUGUGAUUCGUGAACUGAGGGAAGAAGGAGAAAAACUUAGUAAGCAGCAGCUAAAUUACUCCAAUAUUAUAAAAAAACUCAGAAGCAAGGAAAAGGAAAAAGAAACUACUAUGAAGACUCAAAAAGACAAACUGGAGGAACAGUCUCGGGAGCUAGAACGUUUAAGGAAGCAACUGUCUGCCAAGGAAGAAAUGGAGCGUCGCCAGAUCGAUGCUGUUUGCCAAUUGAACAUCACGAACCAACGUUUAGAGCAGAUGGUAAAAGAUGCAAAUGCAGAAAAUGCUGAAUUGGAAGGCAAAAUGACUGCACUUAAAAGUGCCCUGGAUACUGCAUACAGAGAGAUGACAGAACUACAGAGGACAGCAGCAACAAAGGACGCAGAAGCCCAGGAGCAAGCUUUGAGCGCAGAGGUGGGGGCUCGGAAACAGCUGGAGAUAACACUAGCAGAGGCUCAGUCACAAGCACAUCGAGAACAGGAAGCACUUAUGGCUCAGCUGCUGGAACUUCAGGAUACACUCACCAGAUCAGAAAAUCAAGCCAAUAGAAAAGAGCGCCAACUGCGCUCUGACAUCAGUGAGUUACAGCAGAGAGUGUCUGAGGCUGAAGCUCGGGCAGAGGAACUCUCUGGCGCUGUAAGUGCUGCCACAAGACCUCUACUUCGACAGAUGGAAAAUUUGCAAAGUACUCAUUCCUCCCAGCAAGCUUCAUGGGAAACACUGGAGACAACACUCACUCGCCGCUUAAACGAGGCACAAAUGGCAGUUGCAUCAAGCAGUGAAAAAGAAAGACAUGCUCGAGAGCAGUAUGCAGAACUGGCAGCAAAUUCAUCUCAGUUACAAACACAGAUAGCUAACUUGCACGAAGAAAAUGCCAAGUUAUCAUCCCAGCUUGACAUUGUAACAGGAAAAUUGGAAUCACUAUCAGAGAUCCGGACUAAAGAAGCUACUCAGAUUGAAGCUCUAAAGGCUUCAUUUGCUGAAGAGAUAGCAGAAGUGAAAAGAGAGAGAGACAGUUUUGAACAACAACUUGAGAUAGAAAAGACUGCAGUUGCUGCUGAGAAAAAGAAAACAAUGUCUCUUCAAGAGCAGUUAAAAGAUCGUGAUAGAAAAUUGCUACAACUAGCAAAUGAGGCUCCAGAGAGUCAUAACAGCACUCCUCGUUCCUCCCCCACUCCAUCUUUGUCACGAUUAUCAGUCUCUGGAUCUCUGUCUGAAUCCUUCUGUGGUUCCCAGUGGGGGGAUGAAGUUUUUGAGUCGGGUUGGUCUCGUGCAACAUCACUCUAUGACUCGAUGCGCGGUAACACCACUGCCACUGUAGAUGCUCUCACUUCUCAGCUGCGACAGAGAGAAGGGGAGGUACAUCAUCUCCAGAGUGAAGUUACAAGGUACGAAACACAGAGAGAAACCCUGGCACAGGAAUUAGUAACAGUGACAAGUCAGAUAGAUGCCCUGCAAACUCAAGUACAGAAUCAUCAAGCACUGCAGAACCAGUAUGCAGACAUGGAACAAAAGUACAAUGCUCUUCUUCAGAUGUAUGGAGAAAAGGUGGAGGAGGUUGAGGAGUUGCGGCUUGACCUGGCAGAUGUGAAGGAAAUGUAUAAAGCUCAGAUUGAUCAGCUCCUCCAGAAAUGAACCUUCCAAAAAUAUUGAUGAUGUGAAAAUUGAUAUAAGUGCAAUACUUAGUCUCUUGUACUUUUCUAAUCUACCAAAUUAUGGUGGUAUACCUGUCCAGUUUAAUGCUCAACAUGCAAAGUUGAUUGAAAGUUUGUGGUAUUAUGCACAUGAUGUAAAUGAUCACUUACACAUUGUUUAACAAUGCCAUAGACCUAUAUAGAGUGGUGUGCCAUAGAAGUUGUAAGGAAAGGGACUUCUUUUGGCUUAGUUUCUAUAAGUCACAGGCAUUUGUUCUGCAAAUUAAUACAGUAUGUAUAUAAUGUAUGAAGUCAUAGUUGUGCACAGUCUAAUUGUAUAUUUUAUUACUAUAAUGUGUAUAAAUAUUAGAAUAUUUAUUUGUGUGAGAGAUUCAUUCACCAAAUUUUAUAUAGACUGUGUGUUUAUAUAAACUGCCAUUCAUUUACAUCACACCAAUUCUAUAUGAAAAAAGCAGCAUUUCAUUUCAUCAUCACUAAUGUAUAACAAGUCAUUUCCUGGAUUUAAAAUAGGGUCACGUGUGAAAUUAAUUUACUUAUUGGAUAUGUUUGAGGUAUAUAUUUAAAUGAUAAAAAAUUACCCAAACUUCUUCCAGUACCUCCAAUACCGUCCCGUAUUUUGUUACUUGACCUGUAGAUACAAUAGAUAACACAGUUUGAUUACUAAACCAAUUUUCAUAUAGUUUACAAAAUACCUUUUCUUUAUACAGUAUAUCCAAAAUAAUGGAAGACAAACCUGUUUCUGAUACUAGAAUUUUAUGGAUAAUGGUUAGACUUACCUAUGCCUUAGAUUACCCCCCUUUUAUUAAUAUGCAAAUUAAAAACUUAAUAAAAUGGUUAUAAUGAGAGGGAGGGGGACAUGGUACUUGUGCAUCAUGUUUCAUAACUUAUGUAACUUACUCCAGCUCUUCUGCUGAUGAAAUUGCUUGCUAAUUACUGUCAUAACAGUUGCUAAGCACAAUAUUGUCAGUGAAAACAGAAUUUCUGCACUCACCAAUGCUUCACAGGUGACCCCAUCCUUCCCACACCACCAUCACUUUUUUCCUCUACCAGGUAGCACUGAAUGAUUCUUAUGGCUUUUGCACUCUGUAAAUAGUAUUACAGUACAGUAUAUAAAAAAAAAUAGGCUAAACCUGUAUGGGGUAUAAGCACUUUCCAAGACUGUAAUUAUACUGCAAACGUACACACUAUAACUUGUAUUCACUAAUCUUGGAACAGACAACUGGUUGUUAUAUUCAUGGAAAGUGCUACACCUAUAAGAGUGAUUCAGUGCUAUGUAAUGGACAUUAAUGUCUGGUAUAUUUAUCACUACUGGACGGCUUAUUAACACCAUACUUUUAUAUUGUACACAAUUUCUUAAAAGCUUAUCUUAAAAUAAUGUAUGGGACUACAUUUUUUUACACAUGAAAUCCCCCCCCUCCUUUUUUUGGGUGUGCAAGUACUGUAUCAGUUAUCCCCCUUCUCUCUUGUCCUUUUUAUUUAGAUUUUGAAAGCCAUACUGUAUUUUAAUCAUUCUAAAAGUAAAAGAUUAGUAACUUUAAUCAUUCUAAUAAUCUUGUUUCCCUUUAGGGGGUUUUGAUACUGGUCGAACACCCUUGAUUCAAGGAAUUGUACCUAUGGUACUCUCUUUCCUAAAGAUCAAACCUGAUACCUGCAAGUUUAGUGCUUCCCUGUGAAUAUAUCAUCAUCCCUAUUUAACAAGGAUGAGAUUCAAAUCUGAAACACUUUUUAGAGCACAGUAUAAUCCUUCCCUUGCACUCUGCAUCAAUAGCUUUUGCAGCACUUUUUUGCUUGUAAUGGCCACAGAUUCAACAGCAGUACUAUAUAUACUAAUUUGAAAGCAUUACAUUUAAAAUGAACUGUAAAUGGGUCAUAACACUAGUUCAAAAAGUGUCACACCCAGCUGUGCCCCUGAUUGCCACAUUCCUCCAGUUUGUAUUUGAACUGUACCAGGUAAAUAGGAAAAAUGUCAGUUUAUUUGUUCAAAAAAAAAUGCACUAAACCACAAGUCAUAUGCUACCAAAAAUAAGGUAACUUAGCAUUGGAAUACUGGAUCUAGUACAUAUAGUUUUUACUUUAUUUAAAAGUUUGAAGUAGGAUAACAUUGGGAGAAAGACAAGCACAAAUUACAUAAUUUGGGAAUUCCAUAACUGCUUCUAGAUCAGCUAAUGCAGCUUUACCCAUUAGCUUCAUAAUUAUGUAAAUCAAACUUUCCAAUUUUUUAAUUAUUUCAUACUUGCAGCAAAAUUGGUUGAAUAACUGCCUUCAUUGUCACCUUCACAUUCAGCCUUUAAAUAUUUAUAUAAAUGAUGAGCUUACUGUCUGUUCAUAAAUUCAAAUUGUAAAACCAAAAUUCAAUCACAUGUAUGUAUAGUACCUUCAGAAAAUAAAUUUUAUACCUA